AUGAGUACCAUAUUGGUACAAUUAAUAUUUAAUACUUUAAAUUUUAUAUUAGCUCCACAUAAUCCUUACCAGGAAAAAUAUAGUAUAUUUGAAUGUGGUUUUCACAGUUUUUUAGGUCAAAAUAGAACACAAUUUGGUGUUAAAUUCUUUAUAUUUGCAUUAGUUUAUUUAUUAUUAGAUUUAGAAAUAUUAGUAAUAUAUCCUUAUGGUUUAAGUAGUUAUGAAAAUGGUAUAUACGGUUUAAUUAUUGUAUUAUUAUUCAUAGGUAUAAUAACUGCAGGGUUUGUAUUCGAAUUAGGUAAAGGUGCUUUAAAAAUAGAUAGAGCAGGAUUAGCUACUGUAGGAUUAGCAGGAGCAGGAGUAGGAAUUGGAGUAGUUUUCGGUUGCUUAAUAUUAGGUGUUGCUAGAAACCCUUCAUUAAAAAAUCAAUUAUUCUCAUACUCUAUUUUAGGGUUUGCUUUCUCAGAAGCGACUGCAUUAUUUGCAUUAAUGAUGGCAUUAUUAUUAUUAUAUGUUGCUUAA